UGUACUGCUUUCUAUCUGCAAUCACUCCAUCAUCCCUUUCCUCUCCUUCCCAGCCCACUCUCCCUUCAGCAUUGACGAAGAAAACCCUCAUAAGAGAAACACACCAGAAGCUAUAGUUUGGAAGAUACUGAUAAUGCGCGGCCCCCUGCUCUUUGCCGUUGCCGCCCUCUGCGCGGCGCCAAGCGCUGUCAUUGGGCAGGUCUCUGUGACGCAAUCGACAGCGGGCGUACCUCUUUCCCAGAAUGUCGGAGACGGUCAGACGAUGGUGACCUACCCUGCCUCGCAAGGGGGCACCUCGACGGGGACCUCGAUCGUGUUUCAAUCUGGCUCGUCUGGCUCGACGCCUUCCAAUGUGGUGGCGAGCACGACGUUGACGGGCGCAGCGGCGUCGGAGGCCGCCGCGUCGAUCUCGUCGGCAGGGCAGCAGGAGAAAGGAAGCAACGGCGGGUUCUCGUCAACGACGGGCGGUGCCAUCGCAGGAAUCAGCACGGGUCUCCCUGGCGGCUUCAACGAGCCGACGCCCACGUCGAGCGGCGCUGCGGGAAGCGGCCAGAGCAGCUCGCAGAGCGCUACAGACGGUCAGCUUGCGGCCUUUGUCAUUGGCAAGACUGUGUCCCUCUCUGCUGCAGCAGUUGCCAUGCUCCUUGGUGCCGUCCUUGUGCUGUAG